UGAGGUACCCUCGAUGAGCUACGCUGGAUAAACCUGCAUCACACAGCUAUACCAUCUCGACCUCCCUCCAAACAACAAUUUCGCAAAGCACCAUGGAAAAUGUAGUUUAUUUGAAUACCCACUCUCAUUUUCCAAAAAUUAGAGCAGUGCAACGAUCGAACUACAUCGUCAAUCAUUCAUCUGUGUGCUGAUCAUGAACAGAAGUCCAUGCAAGCAAAGGUCGCUGUGCAGUUAAGCAGUGGGACAGCACGUUACUAUUCAGAAACACACGACUGAACCGACUUUAACAUUAUUCUUUUUUUAUUUAAACAUGCUCGACUACUACUAGUACUGUGUGAAAAAAAAAUCGUAUUUGUUAAUGAUACAGUGACUCAAUACGUUGGACUUCGUGAAUGGUGCUAUCCGAAGAAAAUGAAUCGCCAAUUCCCGAGAAAUGGCCCCGGGUGACAAAGUUUGUUUUGUCUGCUUGUGCAGCAGCUGUAGCUGAGAUAGUAACUUUUCCUCUGGACUUGACAAAGACCAGGCUGCAGAUCCAAGGUGAAGCUGCCCUUAGUGGCCAUGGAGACGGAGGCAGCAGGAGAAGAUCAUACAGGGGAAUGAUCCGCACAGCAGCAGGGAUAGUUCAGGAAGAAGGACCGUUGAAACUGUGGCAGGGUGUCACACCUGCCAUCUACAGACACAUAGUGUAUUCAGGGGUGAGGAUGUUAUCUUAUGAACAACUGCGGGAGUCCAGAUUGGGCAGAAAUGAAGAUGGCAGUUUUCCUUUGUGGAAAUCAGGACUUGGUGCUAUGGUAGCUGGGGCCAUUGGCCAGUUUGUUGCCAGUCCAACAGAUCUGGUAAAGGUCCAGAUGCAGAUGGAAGGGAGGAGGAGAGUUGAAGGCAAACCCCCCAGAGUACAAGGAGCAUAUCACGCUUUUGUGAAAAUCAUUUCUGAAGGAGGAGUCCGUGGCCUGUGGGCAGGCUGGGUGCCAAAUGUACAGAGGGCUGCCUUGGUCAAUUUAGGAGAUCUGGCUACAUAUGACUCAGUGAAGCGCAUUUUACUACAAAACACAGCAUUGCAAGACAACAUUAAAUGCCAUGGGUUGUCAAGCAUAUGCUCAGGCCUCGUUGCUGCUACUAUGGGAACCCCAGCAGAUGUAAUAAAAACAAGAAUCAUGAACCAGCCAAGAGACGCAUAUGGAAGAGGUUUACUGUACAAGUCCUCCCUUGACUGCCUCGUUCAGUCAGUAAGAGGUGAAGGAUUCUGGUCUUUGUAUAAAGGUUUUCUGCCUACCUGGAUGAGGAUGGCACCUUGGUCCAUGACAUUUUGGCUCACAUUUGAACAAAUUAGAAGAAUAUCAGGCAUCAGCCCGUUCUAGUGCCUGAGAAGGUAUAGGGAAGAUAUAGGAGGCUGUGUGGUUCAGUGGUUAAAGAAAAGGGCUUGUAACCAGGAGGUCCCUGGUUCAAAUCCCACCUCAGCCACUGACUCAUUGUGUGACCCUGAGAAAGUCACUUAACCUCCUUGUGCUCUGUCUUUCGGGUGAGACGUAGUUGUAAGUUGCAGCUGAUGCAUAGUUCACACACCCUAGUCUCUGUAAGUCGCCUUGGAUAAAGGCGUCUGCUAAAUAAACAAAAAAAAAAAAAAAAAAAGAUAAAUAAUAUAACAGCUAUGGACCCACUGUGGUUUAUAUCAUCUAUACCUCAAGUGUUUCUACUGGUUACUGUUAAACUUACUUUGAAAAGUUAAGUUAACAAGAUGUUCAUUUUACUAUUUUCAUGUAAUAAUUACAGUUGCAAACGUUGUAAAACCUUACAUGAUGAUUGUAUUUUAAAUAAAUUUAAUGUUUCUUCCCAUC